GAUUACACCAGUGAGUUAAGAGAUAGUCUUUUGUGGUCUGAGGGCUUGAUUCCAACUGGACGUUUUCGCGAUGCACAAUCCUCAAUCUGCGAGAAUCUGUCAGCUGAUAGUCCAGUGUCAGCCAAUAAACCUGAGGCAAGAGGAGGAGCUCGGAGAACCACGAGUGCAUCUUCUCAUGAUCACUCUGAUGAAGAAGAUGCAGAGACAGAAGCUGGUCAAUCUGAAAUGACUAAUGAUCCUAAUGAUCUAAAACGUAUCAGAAGGAUGUAUUCAAACAGGGAAUCAGCAAGGCGGUCAAGGAGAAGGAAGCAAGAGUACUUGGUAGAUCUUGAAUCUCAGGUUGAUUCUUUGAAAGGAGAGAACUCGACACUGUACAAGCAGCUCAUAGACGCAACGCAACAGUUUCGUAGCGCUGGAACAAAUAACAGAGUUCUUAAAUCAGAUGUUGAAACUCUGAGAGUCAAGGUGAAACUAGCAGAAGAUUUGGUAGCUAGAGGUUCCCUCACUAGCAGCUUGAAUCAACUUUUACAAACUCAUCUAAGUCCACCACCACACUCCAUUAACAGCCUGCACUACACAGGACAUACCUCACCUGCCAUGACAGUCCACAGUGACCAAUCUUUGUUCCCUGGAAUGACACUUUCUGGACAGACCUCAAGCCCUGGACUUGGUAAUGUAUCCAGUGAAGCUGUUAGCUGUGUCUCAGACAUCUGGCCAUGACUCUCUUUCUUCACAACAUGUAAUGAUCACUCAGCUAAUGUCCUGUAUGUGUUUCACUAUAGAACGAGAAACAUAAUGAAAGCCGACGUGUUCGUUAAAUGAUC